AUGACCUCACAGUGGCUACGGACGCGGCGACCAACGAAGCGGGGCGAGAAGGGCGAGGCGAACGACGAUGCAGCUUCCGCGAUCCCCGACUCGAAGAAGCCGCCCGUCUUGCUGCGACAACGGUGUUCGACGUGGUUCAUUGCUUUGACAGUCGGGUUCGGAGUCCUCGUCGACCUCUCGUCCUACUCCCUCGCCGUCCCCGUCAUCCCCUUCCGACUAGCCGCAAUCGGCCACACACAAGACGAGAUAGGUGGAUUGACGGGGUGGCUUGUCGCGGCAUACGCGGGGGGAUUGAUCGUCUCGAGUCCGCCGGUCGCUUACAUUGGAGCGAGAUGGAAGAACCGCCAGAUUCCGCUCACGCUCGGCUUGCUCUUCAUGGCCGGCGCGGUCAUCAUGUUCAUGGAGGCGAACAGUUACGCGUUGAUGGUUGUCGCGCGGAUAUUGCAAGGGUUCAGCGGGACGGUGCUCUGGACGAUUGGACUCGCCCUCGUCACCGACUCCGUCCCCGAAGAACGCGUCGGCAAAGUCCUGGGCUGGGUAAUGAUCGGUUUCUCCUUCGGCCAAGCGAUCGGUCCUCCAGUCGGAGGCGUCCUCUACGCCCGAAUGGGCUGGCGCGCACCCUUCGUCUUCUCCCUCAUCCUCGUCGCGAUCGAUCUGGGACUGAGGAUGUUGAUUGUGGAGAAACAUCGCGCGGUCGAGUGGAUUAGGAGGGGUAAGGAGGUCUGGGGUUUUGAGGCGCCUGGAUGGGUGGAUGAGGUUAACACUAGGGUGGAGGAACCGAAGAAGGAGAGGGAGAAGACUAUCCCCGCCGGUGAUGCGGAAGACAACGCACGCAUUCCCGUCCCGCUCGCCGACUCGACUCCCUCCUCUACCUCCUCCGAUACUACGCUCGCACCCUCCCACUCCCGCAUCCCCUCGCACUGGAUCGGAUUCCUCCACUUCCUCCGCCAUCCCCGGGCUCUAACCUCCUUCCUCCUCACACUCCUAAACGGCAUCAUAGCAGGCGGGCUGCAAGAUACCGGACUCACAAUUCACUUGGAGGAGGAGUAUGGGUUGAGUUCUUUUGGCGCCGGGUUGGUGUUCUUGGGGAUUGUGGUGCCGACGUUCUUUGGCUCGCCUUUCGCCGGCUGGGUAACCGACAAAUACGGCACGAAAUGGAUCAUGUUAGCCGGCGUCGUGCUCUCGAUCGCCGUCUACCCGCUCCUCAUCAUCCGCGGACCGUUGCCGCUGUUCAUCUUCUUCCUUGCGCUUGUCGGCCUGUCCAUCUCCUGCUUCAUAACCCCCUCAACAGUCGACCUCUCCCUCGUCGCCUCCUCCCACACCUCCAUAACCACAGCUCACACAUUCGCCAUCUUCAACCUCGCCUUCUCCAUCGGCGCUCUCGUCGGUCCUAUCAUCGCAGGACAGAUCUUGAGCGGAUUGGGAGUGCGGAAAGGGUGGGUAGCGUUGACGGUGUUGUCGGCGGGGUUGUCGGCGGUGUUCGUGCCGCCUGUUUUGGCGUUUGUUGGAGGGCCGCUGAGGCGGGGAAGCGGGAGGAAGGAUGUGCAGGUGGAGGAGGAAGAGCGAGGGACAGAUAGAAGAGGGGAGGAGCAGGAGGGGGAGACUUAG